AUGCAACUCAUCUCACUCCUCACUAUCCUCGCUGUUCUGGUCCCAACCUUUUCUCUCCCUCUGAACGAGCCUAGAAUAAUCGAUGACCAAGAUGGUGGAGUCCGAACAGUCCGAGACUUCCCUGAACCCACACCUACAUCCGAUGGUCAAGCAGCCAACAUCGAAGCUACACCGUUGUUCAGUCCAACUUAUACCAAACCGAGAUACUAUUGGCCACUCACAACACUUCGAAUCCCCAUAUUGGUAGAUAUCGGACGAGUUAUACCUACCAUUCCACCUAAACCGGAAUGGCCUGUACCUGAUCCUGGACCUAGACCGGAGUUCGAAAUCGGGGAGAAUGGAAUCGUCAUUGGAUCUUAG